GCAGCACAAGUAGCCUCGACUCGAGUAGGAGCUCCGUGAACGACGGACUGGAUCUCGCUGGCCGAGUCCCGUCUGAACAUUAAAAACAACAAAAAACUUCUUAUUGCACCGCUUCGUCAUUUUACAAUGGAGAGUCUGUGUACAGAGAGAGCACCUGAGCCAGGUGAGUUGACGGACAUUCUGGAGGAGCGCAGGAGGAGCAGUGACCUCAGCUAUGCCCUCAGGACGUUCUCCCCCCAGCCCUACAGAGGCCACCCCCCCAGCUCAGCCACCGCGCUCAACCAAGCCGUGCUGGACUCCCACUACCUACGCUACAUCACACAGGAGGUUGCCACAGAGAGUGGAGAGCCUGUGGACGUCAUCAGAGAGGAGGCUGCUGGGAUACUGGAGGAGAUGUCGCACAACUUGCAGCUCAGCUUCAUCCGGUUGCUAGGCUACACCCUCAGCAAGGUGUUCAAGAGCGUCUUCCGCAGGAUCCUGGUGAACGAGGAGGGUCUGAACAAGCUGCAGCAGGCCAUUCAGGAGCACCCCGUCAUCCUGAUGCCCAACCACAGGAGCUACGUGGACUUCCUGGUCCUCUCCUACGUCCUGUUCACCUAUGACCUCUCCAUCCCCGUCAUCGCUGCUGGAAUUCCUCUCAUGGGCAUGAAGAUGAUCGGGGAGAUCCUACGGCGUUCCGGAGCUUUCUUUAUCCGCCGGGCGAUCGGGUCAGAUAAGCUCUACUGGGCCGUGCUGUCCGAGUACGUCAGGACCAUUGUGAGGACCGGCUCUGCCCCUGUGGAGUUCUACGUGGAAGGACUGCGUAGCCGGACACUGAAGUCUCUGAAUCCCAAACUAGGCAUGAUGCACAUGGUCCUGGAGCCCUUCUUUAAGGGCGAGGUGUAUGACAUCUGCCUGGUGCCCAUCAGCAUCAGUUAUGACCGCGUCCUGGAAGAGUCUCUUCUGGCCCACGAGCUACUGGGGGUGCCCAAGCCUAAGGAGUCCACUACGGGUCUCCUAAAAGCUCGCAAGGUUCUGGAGGAUGACUACGGCUCCAUGCACGUGUGCUUUGGCCAGCCCCUCUCCGUGAGAGAGCUCUCCAAGGGGAGGAUCAACCGAUCGCAGUACAACUUAGUGCCCAGGGACUUGCCCCAGAAGCCCAGCGAGGAGACGCAGGCGCUGGUGAGCGUGUUGGCCCACGGCGUGGUGCGUCUGCAGGAGAGGGGCGCGGUGCUCAGCCCCUGGAGCCUCAUGGCCCUGGUGCUGCUCCAGAGCCCCGGGGGGGGCCUGGCCUUGGGCAGCCUGGCCCAGCGCACCGCAUGGAUACGGGGCCUCGCCACCAAGUUUGGGGCCCUCCUGGACUGGCCUGCGCAGGUUCCCGAUGAGGAGGUGCUGUUGUCCAGCGUGUGCCUCCACAGGUCUCUGGUGUGCUGUGCGGAGGGCCGAGUGUUCCUGCUCGACGAGCAGAGGUCCCGCACGGCGUCUACGUCAGCAUCAGCGUCAGCGUGCGUCUCCCCGGAGGAGGCCGUGCUGAGGCGCGCCGCCGUCGUGCUCAUGUGCGCCUCCUACAGGAACCAGGCGCUGCACGUGUUUGUGCGCCCUGCGCUGGUCGCCGUUGCUAUGGCCACCGCUCCCAGCAGCAGGAAGGAGGACGUCUUCACACAGUUCAGAUUUCUGCAGGAGCUUUUCUCCAAUGAGUUUGUUUUCGUGCCUGGAAUGGCUAUACAGGACUUUGAGGAGGGAUGUUCGCUGUUGUUGAGGUGUGGGGCACUGCAGGUAUCUGGUCUAGAGCUGACCGUGAUGGAAGAUGAGCCAGAAAUAGCAUCCUUCCUCAGAGCCAUCCUCCAACCCUUCAUACAAACCUAUCAGUUUGGAGCCCAUCCAGAGUUCAGUCCUUCUCCCUCGAUCUCUUCGGGUCCUCAAACAAGAUCAACAGCAUUUACAGUGGUGCUACAGCAUCUGACUGUGGACGGCGGUCAGGUGUUCACUGAGAGGCAGUACAUACCUGUGCUCCGCUCCUACGCCAUGGAACUCAUCCUAGCAGGUGAACUCAACACCUGUGAGGCUCUGUCGUCCGACACGCAGAGGAACGUUCUCUCCACACUCUUGAGGAUGAACGCUGUAACGAAAAUAAAAACAGGUGACCAGAGUAAGUUUAGAGUGAACAAAGCUGACAUCCAGAGAAUUGGAGACAUUUUGGCGGGGAGGAGACCUGCCCAGUCAGCAGCCUUCUCCAGACUGUGAGAUAGAGGAAGUGCGUGUGCCUGGACGCAUGGAUGCACUUCCUGUGUGAACACACACAACACUCUGGCUCCGUCUCAAACUACCUCCACCGUCACAUACGCGCCGGGCCACUAUGGGCUUCCGUCUGCCAAACAGUAUUUCAAUCUGUCACUUUUUCAACUGGAAACUGUGACACACACACACACACACACAGGCACGCACACACACACACACACACACACACACACACACACACACACACACACACACACACACACACACACACACACACACACACACACACACACACACACACCACUAACACUAACACACAGAGAGAGAGAGAGAGAGAGAGAGAGAGACGUAAUGUCAUUAUUUUCUCAUUAUCAGUUCAUCCAUUGUUAUACAGACUUUUCUAACAUCAUGACAUUCUGAGGCUGACAGGACUGACAUCAUACAUAAAGACUUCAGCCUAACCACUGCCAAUCGUUAUAUAACAAUAUGUCCUAGAAGUUGAGACAUGCACUAACAUGUAGCCUAGCUCCUGAUACAAAUAAUACUUGAUUUUAUAUAAAGGUCUGUGCUGUGAUUUGAAGGGAGCAUUCCCAGAUGGCCUAAUCUAAGUGACCUCAUCAGUAUGUUCUGUAAUAGAUGCUGUUUAAAAAAAACAACAACAAAAUGUUUCAACACGUUGUUGAAUUAUGGUGACUGUCUGUCUCGGUAUAUGACCUUUAAAUUGUGUAACAAUAAAGUAUUUGCACUAAUGUGA